CCUGGAAUGGCAAUGACCUGUACUAACCACUAACCUGGAACUACUCCAUUCCCAAGAAAUCACCUGUCACCUUCAUUCUCCAUCCCCUCUUCCGCUCUCAAUGCUGCCGUCAAUGAAGAUGCACAAGAUUGUCGCAUAACUUGCAGCCCCUUUCCGGGUAAUUCAAGACGCAGUUACCAAGCACUCCGUCGACGAUCUCGGCUUUGGCCUGGCGGCAUCGAGAACCCCGCCUGACCCGACUGACCAACGGAGCGGCGCAUCAUCCAUCGUUCUCAGUUCUCCUAUUGUCUCGCCCAGCCAGCGCAUUCAAAAAGACUCUUAGACAGCACGGUUUCCCGUGCGUGAAAUUGGUCGACACCAGCGGCGCUCACCGAGUCUCAUCACCGCCAUCCACCCGGUGCAGGCCCAGGCGCUGCCCAACAUGACGCAAGCGCCCAUGAUCUCGGUGCCUCUCAAGGCCACCAACGAGAUCGACUGGAUUACUCCGUUGAAGUCCUACAUUCAGAAUACGUACGGCGACGACCCCGAGCGAUAUGCCGAGGAGUGCGCAACCCUCAACCGGCUGCGCCAGGACAUGCGGGGAGCUGGGAAGGACAGCACUGCUGGAAGAGAUCUGCUGUACCGCUACUAUGGCCAACUUGAGCUGCUUGACCUGCGCUUUCCAGUCGACGAGCAGCAUAUCAGGGUCUCCUUUACCUGGUUCGACGCUUUCACACACAAAGCCACGUCACAGUACUCACUGGCCUUCGAAAAAGCCUCCAUCAUCUUCAACAUCUCGGCCGUUUUGUCCUGUCACGCUGCCAAUCAGACCCGGAGCGAAGAGUCGGGCCUCAAGCAGGCAUACCAUUCCUUCCAGGCUGCGGCCGGCAUGUUCACCUAUAUCAAUGAGAACUUCUUACAUGCCCCGUCCUCGGACCUGAGCAGGGACACGGUCAAGUCCCUCAUCAACAUCAUGCUUGCCCAGGCGCAGGAGGUUUUUCUCGAGAAGCAGAUCACCGACCAGAAGAAGAUUGGCCUCCUGGCGAAGCUGGCAAGUCAAGCUGCUACUCUGUACGGCCAGGCGCUCGAGGGCGUGCAGGAGAAUGUCACCAAGGCGAUAUUUGAAAAGGUCUGGCUGUUGAUGGUCCAGAUCAAGUUCAACCUCACGUCUUCGAUCGCCCAAUAUUACCAGGCGCUUGCGGACGACGAUGCGAACUCACACGGCAUGGCCGUCGCCCGUCUCAAGGUGGCCGAGAGUCAUGCCCGAGAAGCUAACAAGAUCGCCAGCAACUUCCCCAGCACUGUACCUCCAAGCUCGAACCUAACAGCAGAUUGCGGUAUCAUCUUGGCCGACAUAACUAAGCGGCAUCUGGUUGUGGUUCAACAAAAGCUCAAGGAGCUGACGAAGGACAAUGACUUCAUCUACCACCAACCAGUACCCGAUCCGGCAGGCGUGCCGGCUGUGGCCAAGCUACCUGCCGCGAAACCCAUCCCAGUCAGCGAGCUCUAUGCCGGGCAAGACAUUCAGCGCAUUACCGGGCCUGAUCUCUUUGCGAAGAUCGUACCUUUAGCCGUUACCGAGUCGGCCAGCCUGUACGACGAGGAGAAGGCGAAGCUGGUGAGAGCUGAAACGGAGAGGGUGGAUACCGCCAACAGCGAGAUGGCCGCGAGCUUGGACUAUUUGAGACUUCCCGGCGCCCUGCAGGUCCUCAAGGGCGGCUUCGACCAGGAGAUCUUACCUGACGAAGACUUCCGGACAUGGUGUGUCGACGUCGCCGACCACGAAGACCCUGCAAAGAUAUUCGAUCUUCUACACACACAAAAGCAAUCCAUCGUGGCUGCGUUGGAGCGGAGCAGCAAGCAGUUGGACAUGGAGGAGAGCGUGUGUGAGAAAAUGAGAUCCAAGUAUGAGUCGGAAUGGAUCCAACAGCCCAGCUCGCGCCUUACCAACACACUGAGGAGCGAUAUCCGGAAUUAUCGCGAAGCGCUGGAAGAAGCUGGGAGAAGUGAUGGCCAGCUUGCGACCAAAUUGCGGCAGAAUGAGGCCGAAUUUGAGGAGAUGCGCUCCGCCGUUGAGAGCGGCGAGAUCGAUGCUCUGUUUCAACGGGCCGUGAAAAGAGUGCGGAAGUCGGGUAGUGCCAGUCCCUCCUCGGAGCCAAACUUGUUGGAUGCCGACUUCGACGACGGUGGACCCAGCGUCGUUGAGCAGAUUGCAAAGGUCGAGGAUAUAUUGAAGAGGUUGAAUCUCAUCAAGAGGGAAAGAAUUCAGGUACUCAAAGACUUGAAGGAGAAGGCACACAACGACGAUAUCUCACAGAUCUUGAUUUUAAACAAGAAGUCGAUUGCCAACUACGAGCAGCAGCUAUUCCAACAAGAGCUCGAGAAAUACCGGCCGUAUCAGAACCGUCUUGUCCAGGCGACCCACAAGCAGGCAGCCUUAAUGCGGGAGCUGACCGUGGCGUUCAACGGCCUUCUGCAGGACAAGAGAGUUCGGGCAGAGCAGAGCACAUACGAGUCCUUUCAGAGACAGAGAGGCGCAGUUAUUAGCAAGUACAAGCGGGCGUACCAGGAAUUCUUGGAUCUGGAAGCUGGCCUGCAGAGUGCAAAGACAUGGUACAACGAGAUGAGGGAGACGGUGGAGAGCCUCGAGAAGAACGUCGAGACCUUUGUCAACAACCGGCGAGCCGAGGGCGCCCAACUUCUGAACCAGAUCGAGCAGGAUCGGGCCGCGAGCAAGAGCGCACAAGCUGCGCUGGAGCAGGAGCGGUUAAGGGGGUUGAUGGAGCGUAUGUCCGUGGAGCCGCUGCCAACCUCUCCGCAUGUCGCCUCGUCCCGGCCAAUACCCGCUCCCCUAACAUUCAACUCGGCGCCGAUGUAUGCAAAGACCAACUUCGCUGGGCAGUACCAGCUCCCAAGCUCACCACCGCCAACACAAACAACCGCCCCGCAAAUGUUCACGUACAACCCCAGCUCGCACGGCCGCAUCCCUGGCCCGGCCUCGCCUCCACCCACACAGUCAACCUUCAACCUUGGUUCCAUGCGCCCAGGCCCCGCCUCGCCGCCACCAACGCAGACCUCAUUCUCCCAGCAGGGACGAUACAGCACUUACGGCAACCCAGCUGCCGUCCCUCUUCCUCCUCACCAGCAGCAGCAUCAGCAGCCACCGCCGCCGCAACAACAGGGUUAUAUCCCGCCCAACUUUGUCCCGCCUCCCCCUCCACCCGGACCGCCGCCCCUCGGUCCCCAGCAAACGAUUCAUUAUGGGUCCGACUACUACCCGGGCGAUCCUCAUGCCGGCAGACCCGGGCCGGCGCAGCAGCAUCAUCAGGGCCAGGGGCAGGGGCAGGUGGGGCAGGAUCCGUGGGCGGGGUUGAGUGCGUGGAAGUGAGCGCCGGGGUGGUGGUGUCUUGACUUUUUGAUACGUGAUGGUGCUCGAAGGAAAGGUUGGGAAAGAGAUGGACUUCUGGGCAUGGAAUGGGACAUGAAUAAUGGGCUAUGGUGCGUUUGGAUUGCCGGGUAACUCGGAUUGAUGAGAAGGGGGCCGUAACCGAAGGAAUCAGCAUCGAAACGAGUUGUGUAUAUCAGAUGCUGUAAGACCAUUCACAUCAAAUGUUGAGAGGCGGAGGUUAGGCAUGAAUCCAGCUGAGGAGGGUAUUGGAAUGGGGUUUUACAUGGUAUGGCAGCAUCAGCGCAGGGACAGAGGGUGGAGGGGAAAGAGAUGUGAUCAGAGUGAGUCGUGUUGCAUUAAACUCAUCUAAUGGAACGACGUAGAAUGGAAUACCCAGCUGCUGAGCGACUGAAACGGGUCUUAGCUGUAACCAACGGCUUGGAUAUCCUACCUUUAUAUGCCGAGACUGAUGAGGAUCUGAG